AGCUGUCCCCACAGCUCUUGUCAGUCCGCUGUCAGGAAUAGCCGGCCUCUCAGUCCUUCUCCUCGGCUCUGCUCUUUCACUUUCCGCUCUUCACACGGAUCUGCUCCACUUUGACCAGCUUUUGAUUCGAUCGGUGACUUGUGGGAACUAUUUUGAUACAGAAGCUGUGGAAAUACUUCACUAACAGCUCCCCUUCCCCUCCUCUUCCUCCUGCUCUCAUCUCAUCCAUCACAGCCCAUGACAGCAGAUCAGCCAACAUGGCAUUCUCAUCUCGCUUUUCCUUCUGGGAACAAAAGAUCAAAGAAGAUCCAGGAAGCAAAAGUCCAGACAGUGAGGGGGCACCCAGCCGGGCCAAGUCAGUACCAGCUCUAGACCCUGGCAGGGGGUUAUUCCGGGCAACAAGUCCCCCGUCCGUUUCGAAUAACGAGUUGUCAACCCGGGUCAGAAGUCCCUCCCCACCUAAAGUCAGGGAACCUGUUAAAGUGCCAGAACGCUUCAAAAGCCCUGAGGCCCCUUCAAAGACGACAGAGCUAUUAAGGAGCCCUGAACCACCAAAAGCACAUCUGAGCCCAAAGCCAGUUAUGAACAUUGAGCGAGAGCAAAAUGGCAUUGUGGGCAAAAGUGUGGUCAACUGUCCAGCCAACGGGAAUGUCACCAAUGGCAACCAAAUGGAUCCUACAGAAGACAAUGGUCUGACACGUAAGAAAGUAAUAAAGGUGAUUCGUCGCGUUGUCAGGAAGGUCGUACCAACUGAAGAGGACGAGACCGCCGUGCCAACACAGCCAUCAGACAGAGCUCCACCAGCAGCCAAGCCUGCUGCUGAACCAGUUAAAGCAGCGCCAGCUUCAAUGUCUAAGGCCCCAGUAAUGCCAGCAUUCUCUUUUAAACAUGACGUCAUCAAAACAGAAGAAAAAGACGACAUUUCGCGAGGAUUGACGAACCUCAUGGUAAGAGGCAGGACAAGAGAGCCCCGUCCACGAAUAAUUAGGGAAGAACGACCAGAGAAAAUAGAGUUGAAGCAAAUUGAGAAGAAAGAGGAAAAUGUAGUUGUGCCAGAGGUAAUCAAAGAGGAGAAGAAAGAGGAUAAAACCACCCCAAAGCCACAAGAGGUUGAUCACAAACCGACAAGCUCUGGUCCAGUUACACAUGAUGUCAAAUCUCCUGUUGCUGUAAACUCCCCCAGCAAGGCUAUUUCUUCCAAAUCCACUCAUUCCAGACCCUUGUCAAUGCCACCAAUUGUUGGCUUUAUCCCAUCCCCCAAGCCCUCACCUUUGUCUCCACCUCCUGGCUUUGUACCUGCACACAGAUCAACUUCUGCCAGAAAACCUAGUCCUACAAAUCCUCCUUCGGCUACAAAACCUAGUCCUACAAAUCCUCCUUCUGUCAGAAAACCUAGUCCUACAAAUCCUCCUUCGGCUACAAAACCUAGUCCUACAAAUCCUCCUUCGGCUACAAAACCUAGUCCUACAAAUCCUCCUUCUGUCAGAAAACCUAGUCCUACAAAUCCUCCUUCGGCUACAAAACCUAGUCUUACAAAUCCUCCUACCACCCAAGUGUCCCAGAAACCUGCCUCCCUCUCUCCUCCACCACGUUUCAGCUCAGCUGCGAAACCCUCUCCAGUUGCAGCUCCUGUCAGCAAAGAUCAUCUCCGUCCCAGCCCCGGUCCACAGUCUCCACCUCAAUCUCUGAUUCUCAUUCAACAAACUGCUGUCAGUCAACAAGAGGAGGCGCCGCUCAGUCCCACCGAGGAGGCUCAGAGACGUCUGAUGAGGAUCUUCGGUGCCCCUCUGACAGUCAGUGUUCCGGCUUCUGUCCAAGCCCCCGUCCCUGCCGCCCCGCAGAAUCAGAGCCCCCUCCCGGGCCCCAUCCAGGUACCUCAGCCCUCCAGAUUUCCUCUAGGCCUCCUGGCUGGAGUUUGUAAUCGUGUGACUUGUCAGAGUGGAUCAGUGGAAGAGGACCCUGUGGCCCUCCUUCAGGCAUCUCAUGCUGCAGCCCAGCAGUCCCAGGUGAAGACAGAGGAGCAGAUCGCAGCCGAGCAGGCCUGGUAUGGAUCAGAGAAAGUCUGGCUGGUCCACAAAGAUGGCUUCUCCCUGGCCACCGUGGUGAAGACAGAAGCUGGCUCCCUGCCAGAGGGCAAGGUGAAAAUCAAACUGGAGCAUGAUGGGACAUUACUGGAAGUUGACGAAGACGACAUAGAAAAGGCCAACCCUCCGUCAUACAACCGCUCAGAGGACCUGGCCUCCCUGCUGUAUCUCAAUGAGUCCAGUGUGAUGAACUGCCUGAGGCAGCGCUACGGAGGCAACCUCAACCACACCUACGCCGGACCCAACAUGGUGGUCAUCAACCCCCUGAGCACACCCUCCAUGUACUCUGAGAAGGUAAUGCACAUGUUCAAAGGCUGUCGGCGUGAGGACUCUGCACCUCAUGUCUACUCCGUGGCCCAGUCUGCCUACCGGAACCUGCUCACCACUCGGCAGGAUCAGUCCAUCGUACUGCUGGGCAAGUCCGGCAGUGGCAAGACUACCAACUGCCAGCACCUGGUGCAGUACCUGGUCUCCAUCGCCGGCAGCACAGGCAAGAUCUUCUCUGCUGAGAAGUGGCAAGCAGUCUACACCAUCCUGGAGGCUUUUGGCAACAGCUCCACCUCUAUGAACACCAACGCCAGCCGCUUCUCCCACGUAGUGUCCCUCGACUUCGACCAGGCUGGGCAGGUGGCCUCUGCCUCCAUCCAGACCAUGCUGCUGGAGAAACUGAGGGUGAGCAAGCGGCCCGAGGAGGAGUCCACCUUCAACGUCUUUUACUACAUGAUGGCCGGAGCCGACAGCAGCCUGAGAACGGAGCUGCACUUUAACCAUCUGGCUCAGAACAGUGCUUUUGGGAUCCUCCCACAGUCUAAGCCUGAAGACAAGCAGCGAGCCUCGCAGCAGUUCACCAAGCUGCAGGCGGCCAUGAAGGUGCUGGGCAUCUCUGGGGAGGAGCAGAAGGCCCUUUGGCUCAUCCUGGGGGCCGUUUACCACUUAGGGGCCGCAGGAGCCACUAAAGACGGAGAUGAAGCUGGACGUAGGCAGUUUGCCCGACAUGAAUGGGCCCAGAAGGCAGCGUACCUGCUGGGCUGCACCUUGGAGGAGCUGUCCUCCUCCAUCUUUAAGCACCAGGCUAAAGGAAUGCAGCACUCCACCUCAUUCAGAGGGAAAGCAGACGAUGGUGGCCAGGGCGACAACUCGGGCCCUAAGGUCACAGCUCUGGAGUGUUUGGAAGCCAUGGCCUCAGGACUCUACUCCGAGCUCUUCACCCUCGUCAUCUCCCUGAUUAACAGGGCUCUGAAGUCCAGUCAGCACUCCCUGUGCUCCCUGCUCAUCGUGGACACUCCGGGCUUCCAGAACCCUCGGAUCGCUCAGCAGCAGCGCGGCGCCACGUUCGAGGAGCUCUGCCAUAACUACACCCAGGAGAGGCUGCAGACCCUGUUCCAUGAACGCACCUUUGUCCAGGAGAUGGAGAGAUACAAGGAGGAAAACAUAGAACUUGCUUUAGAUGACAUAGAGUCCAGUACCUCACUGUCUGUAGCGGCUAUUGACCAAGCCUCCACCCAAGCUCUGGUGCGCACGCUGGCCAGGACAGAUGAGGCUCGAGGCCUGCUGUGGCUGAUGGAGGAGGAGGCCGUGCAGCCUGGAGGUACAGAGGAAACCAUGCUGGAGAGACUCUUCAGCUACUACGGCUCUGCGCAGGGAGAAAACAAGGGAGCCAGUCUUCUGCUGCGAGGAGAGAAGCCCCACCUCUUCCUGUUGGGCCACAGCCACGGGACCGACUGGGUGGAGUACAACGCUCAGGGCUGGCUGAGCCACGCCAAGCACAACCCCGCCGCCCAGAACGCUGCCGCGCUGCUGCAGGACUCCCAGAAGAAGAACAUCAGCGGGCUGUUUAUGGGCCGGGCCAGCGGGGCCACGGUGCUGUCCGGCUCCAUCGCCGGGCUGGAGGGCAGCUCCCAGCUCGCCCUGCGGCGGGCCACCAGCAUGAGGAAGACCUUCACCACGGGGGUGGCGGCUGUCAAGAAGAAGAGCCUGUGUAUCCAGGUCAAACUCCAAGUGGACGCUCUGAUCGACAUGGUGCGUCGCUCCAGGGUUCACUUCGUCCACUGCCUGCUGCCCAGAGCCGAGGCGGUGGGUGGUGGAGGUGAGCCCCGCGUGACGCACGGAGAGAGCCCUGACUCGGGCCUCAUGACUCUGGACGUGGGCCUCCUGAGAGCCCAGCUCCGAGGGUCCAAGCUGCUGGACGCACUGCGCAUCUACAGACAAGGGUACCCGGACCACAUGGUGUUCUCUGAGUUCCGCCGGCGCUUUGAUGUCCUGGCACCACAUCUGACCAAGAAGCACGGCCGCCACUACAUCGUCACAGACGAGAAGAGGGCGGUGGAGGAGCUGCUGGAGUCCUUGGACCUGGAGAAGAGCAGCCACCACAUGGGGCUGAGCCGGGUGUUCUUCAGAGCGGGGACCCUGUCCAGGCUGGAGGAGCAGCGGGACAUCCAGACCAGGAGGAACAUCUCUCUGUUCCAGGCCGCCUGCAGAGGGUACCUGGCCAGGCAGGCCUUCAAGAAGAGGAAGAUCCAACAUCUGGCCAUCCGCUGCAUCCAGAAGAACAUAAAGAAGAACCGUGGUGUCAAAGGCUGGCCAUGGUGGAAGCUCUUCACCACCGUCAGACCUCUGAUAGAGGUGCAGCUCACUGAGGAGCAGAUCCGUGGCAAGGACGAAGAGAUCCAGCAGCUGAAGCAGAAGCUGGAGAAGGUGGAGAAGGAGAGGAACGAGCUGAGGCUCAGCAGCGACCGCCUUGAGAGCAGGAUCACAGAGCUGUCAUCAGAGCUUGCUGAUGAGAGGAACACCGGGGAGUCCGCUUCCCAGAUGCUGGAGAGUGAAACUUCUGAGAGACUCCGCCUGGAGAAGGACAUGAACGACCUGCAGGCCAAGUUUGACAGCACGAACAAACAGAUGGAGUCCAUGGAGAUGGAGGUGAUGGAGGCUCGACUCAUCAGGGCAUCUGAACUCAACGGAGAGAUGGACGAUGACGACACAGGAGGAGAGUGGAGGCUGAAGUACGAGCGAGCCAUCAGGGAGAUUGAAUUCACCAAGAAGAGGCUGCAGCAGGAGUUCGAGGACAAGCUGGAGGUGGAGCAGCAGAACAAACGGCAGCUGGAGAGGAGGAUCAGCGACCUGCAGGCCGACAGCGAGGAGUCCCAGAGGAACAUCCAGCAGCUGAAGAAGAAAACCCAACGUAUGACGUCUGAACUGCAGGACACCAAACUCCACCUGGAGGGCCAACAGAGCCGCAACCACGACCUGGAGAAGAAGCAGAGGAAGUUCGACAGCGAGCUGAGCGGGGUCCAGGAGGAGGUGCAGAGGGAGAAGAGCCUGAAGGAGAAGCUGGCCCGGGAGAAGGACAUGCUGGCAGGAGACGCCUUCAGCCUCCGCCAGCAGCUGGAGGACAAGGACCUGGAGGUGUGUGCCGUCAGCCUGAAGCUGGAGACGCUGGGGGCCGAGCUGCUGGACCUCAACUCACAGGAGUCCAAGGACGAGGCUUCACUGGCCAAGGUGAAGAAGCAGCUGCGCGACAUGGAGGCUAAGCUGAAGGACCAGGAGGAGGAGCUGGACGAGCAGGCCGGCACCAUCCAGAUGUUGGAGCAGGCCAAGCUUCGUCUGGAGAUGGAGACGGAGCGCCUCCGUCAGACUCAUUCCAAGGAGGUGGAGAGCAAAGACGAUGAGGUGGAGGAGAUCAGGCAGUCCUGCAGCAAGAAGCUGAAGCAAAUGGAGGUCCAGCUUGAAGAAGAGUACGAUGAGAAGCAGAAGGUUAUGAAGGAGAAGAGAGAGCUGGAGUCCAAGAUGCUGUCAGCACAGGACAAGGUGAGAGGAGGGGACAUCGAGACUGAGAAGCGUUUGAGGAAGGACCUGAAGAGAACCAAGGCUCUGCUGGCUGACGCUCAGAUCAUGUUGGACCACAUAAAGAACAACGCGCCCAGCAAGAGGGAGAUCGCCCAGCUCAAAAACCAGCUGGAGGAGUCUGAGUUCACGUGUGCGUCAGCAGUUAAGGCUCGUAAGUCUAUGGAGGUGGAGAUUGAAGAUCUGCACGUUCAGAUGGAGGACAUUUCCAAAACCAAACAGGCGCUGGAGGAGCAGCUGAGCCGUCUGCAGAGAGAGAAGAACGACCUGCAGUCCAGGAUGGAGGAGGACCAGGAGGACAUAAACGAGCUGAUGAAGAAACACAAGGCUGCUGUGGCCCAGUCGGCCCAGAACCUGGCUCAGAUCAGUGACCUACAAGCCCAGCUGGAGGAGGCCCUGAAGGAGAAGCAGGAGGUUCAGGAGAAGAUACAAGCCCUCCAGAGCCAGCUGGAGUUCCAGGAGCAGUCCAUGGUGGAGAAAUCCCUUGUCAGCCGGCAGGAGGCUAAGAUCCGCGAGCUGGAGACCAAGCUGGACUUUGAGAAAACCCAGGUCAAACGGCUGGAGAGCCUUGUAGCUCGUCUCAAGGAGAACUUGGAGAAACUGACCGAGGAACGAGACCAGUGCAGCAGCGGUGAGAUCCGAGAGAAGGAACAGAACAAACGGCUUCAGAGACAGAUCCGCGACAACAAGGAGGAGACGAGCGAACUGGCCAAAAAGGAAUCUGAGGCCAGCCGCAAAAAACAUGAGCUGGAAAUGGACAUUGAGAGCUUAGAGGCUGCGAAUCAGAGCCUGCAGUCAGACCUUAAGCUGGCCUUCAAAAGGAUCGGUGACCUGCAGGCAGCCAUCGAGGACGAGAUGGAGAGUGACGACAAUGAAGACCUCAUCAACAGUUUGCAAGACAUGGUGACAAAGUAUCAGAAAAGACAGAACAGAGCUCAGGGCGAUUCCGACACAGACUCUGAGGUGGAGGACCGUGUAGACGGGGUGAAGUCAUGGUUGUCUAAAAACAAAGGAUCCGCCAAAAACCUCUCAGAUGACGGCAGCCUCAAGAGUUCCAGAUAUGCUUCAAAUGUAGACGCAAAGGAAGGGAAAGAGGGUAAGGAAUGGAAAGAGUUCAAUAAAGAAGGCAAAGAGGUAGAGCCGAGCAGGCCUAUGUCAGUGAUGAGCUCGCUCAGCUACAGAAAACGCUCCAACAUUGACGGCAAAGGGGAAGCCCUCUUCAGUUCCCUCAGGGAGAAUGCAGACUCAGAAGAUGCUUUCCAUAAGGGUAAACCUAAAAACUCUGAUCUUCAGCAUGACUCAAUGAACUCCAGGCGGAAGUCCCAGGCAGAGGAUACGCUGAAGGACAGAGAUUCAGUCAUCUCACAGGCUUAUUCAGAGGCCAAUAGCCGAGCCAGGAAAGGCAUGGACAGCCGCUGGGGGGACUUUGACAAAGAAUCAGUCGUUUCAUACGCUGCACCAAGUCGGGCCUCAACGCGUCUUGGAUUGAGCCCCGAGAAUGACGCCAAAUCUACCAUCAGCUUAGGUCUAUCAAGCCCACUGGGACGCCACCAAAGCACCUCACGCUUAGAUGAGAGCAGAGGCGGGCGCUCGGUUUAUGGCAGCAGUCCCAGCAGCCCUUGCUUCAGCAGACGGACCGGCGGUCGAAGCCCUGGGAGCGUUAGCCGAGCUGAUUCCCACAUGUCUCUGGCACGCAGCAGCCGCCUGAGCGAGUUUGGCGUUGAUAUUGAUGAUAGUCGCAGCGUGGCUUUUACCGAGAGAUCAGCGUACAGUCCUCACUCGUCCACUGGCCGCAGUGUCUCCAUGCCUCCAUCACAGGCCAGAUCAUCAACUACCGAUAAUGACCCAAAUGAUAACAUGGAUAUCAAAACAGUCAGUCAUCGCAACUACCUCGACCCUGACCUGGAGAAAGCCAUCAACGAGGUUCUGAGUUUCAAACCUAUCAAGUUUAAGCGUACGAGCUUGGAAGACUCUGAGGCUGACGAAGACAAGUCCAAGAAUGAUAAUGACGACAGCAAAAGUAUCCGCAACGGAGACGUUGGUCGCCCUGCCAGCAGUCUAAGGCGUUCUGCAUCGGCGGUGGACUGCACCAGAGCUCCCCGCAGCGGCACCAGCUACAGCAGUCGCCAUCGCAGCAAGAGCAAAGGCAAGGGCAAGAAGAAGAAGAGAAGCCACAGCUCAGAGUCCGACAGCUCAGGAGACGACCGUCGCCACAGGAGCAGCUCCAGGAGCAGCUCCAGGAGCAGCUCCAGGAGUAAGUCCAAGAAAUCCAAGAAAAAGUCCAAGAAGAGGGCCGAAACUUCGUCUUCUUCCUCGUCUUCAGAUUCUGAAUCUGAUUCAGACUCGAGCUCCGGUGCUUCCACCAUUUCCUACCGUAGCUCCAACAGUGUGAAGAGGGCCCCGGUACGAAAGACUUCCAGCCCAGAAAAGGCAGAAGAAGAAGAAGAAGAAGAAGCUAAGCCACCGAGUGGAGGCCUUAACAAAAAGGAUGAAAAGAAGAGGAAAAAGAAGGUGGACAACCUGAUGUUGAAGUACCUGUACCGGGCGGACAGUGACUGAGGCAGGCAGUAGCACCGCUGGCCGGAAAUACUACUACUUCGAUAGGUCUGAUGAAGAGGAGGAAGAAGAAGAGAAGGAAGGCAGGGGGGCGACCCAGAGCUCUAACUCCCGUGACAGAAACAGCAGCCAAAUGAAAGAGGACGAUGGCGAGGACGGGCCUUUUGAGACUUCGUCGUAGUCCUCGCUUUCAGCACCUCUGAACGCACCCUCUCGCACUGUGACAGUUUGUCUUGCAUGCUAAGUUGACCACGAUUGCGGUCACAACCACACACUAAAUAACACUCAACCAGAGCUUCCUACGGUAAGGCAGAUCCUCCGGGGAUUGGUCAUAGUUUGACAGACUUUCAUCAGUCUCUGCUCAGUGCACACACAGCAGCUCCGUUAUUCUCCACUCCACUCCGCUGGUCGCAUGCAGGCAGCAGUCGCUCGGCUGUAUGGUUGUAAGUGAGCCAAAGAACUUGAGGUUGAAAUGAUAAUCUUUGUCUCUUUCACGCUUCCUCUCUUCGUCACAUAUAUUACACCACAAUAAUAUGUAUUGCCAUAGUACAAUGUAUUGCCAAAAAGCCUUUGUUUCAGUAUGUGAGCACACUGUUUUUACUUCUUGCCAAUUGAGUCCUGAGAAAAGUCCAACAGCCUUUUUUUUCCUUCUCGAUCUAAUUUCCAUUUCGAGUUUCAAGUGCCAUCUGAUGUAAGUGUUCUCCUCUGCAGCUGUGGCAUUUCAUUCACUGCUGCACUGUAUGCUCUCAUCAUCUGCUCACUAUCUGUUUGCCUGAGAAAGUUUUUCUGCCUUUUUGCUGGUAAAUGAUCUCUUCCUCAAAGGGGAGGACAAUAGCAACACUUUCUGUUCUGCUAUAAAAGCAUUUGAAUCUUUUGUUUUAAUGUUUGAUAGAUUUGUUUGCAGAGGACCGCCGUAGAUCAAAUUAAUUUCCAUGAUGUUUGAGCUUACCUCUGCAAAAGACCUUGCCUUACUUUUAAUUCGACUUGAUUUGACUAAAUAAUUUCCAGAGAUUGUGGGUUUGUCCUUGUGCUUGUCUUUUUACGUGUCGUCUGUGUUUUGAGUUCACUGAGCUUUCCUUUUCCACAGGGAAUGUACCUGACUUUGGGCACCUUGUCAUUUGUAUGGUAUCCUCAACCAGCAUGUUCAAGGAAGUAACUGGUGUUAUUCUAUAUUUGUCUUAUAGUCAGCAAAUCACAUGGCAGGACCAAAACCAACAAUCUAUUUUCGAGACCUUAGUAUAUGUGACAAAAUGAUCUGAGCUUAAAUACUUGUACUUUCAACCAUCAGCUAAUUGGUUCCUUCCUUUAAAGGCUUACAAAAAUAAGUUUUCUAUUUUCAAAAACGUUCAGUCAUUUACUAAAUUGCCAGCCACUGUAGUUUUAAAGCAACUGGGAAUGCGUUAGUCAAUAAUAAUGUCUCAGCUAGCUUGUUAGCUUGUUUGCUAACUGGACAAUACUAUUAUUCACAUUUGAUUCAGGAGCCAGAUAAAGUGCACAGUGCAACGGCACUAUUAGACUUUCCAAAAAUAUAAUUCAAGCAAAUUUCAACCAACACGUAGGAAAACCUUUCCCUCAACACGGUGUAAUCCAAAUGCUUCUACUCAUUGCCUCUCAGAUAGUUUUGUAUCAUAAUAAUUCAUCAAGCACUGUUAGCUAGUUCUCUGAAUUCAGCGCUAGCACAUUAGCCUAGCUUACAGAUAAUGCAGCAGAACCUUCAAUAAUAGGCCAGAGUGAUGUCAUUUAAACAUCUUUACAGAUACAAUUAUCACAUUUGUUUACCAUAUGCACUCAUUUUGAAAAAGUGACAGCCCUCUCAACAUCUUAUGAUAGUUUUUGUCAGCAGCAUUUGAUAUUGCUGCUCAAUGGAAGAAGUUGGACUGUAGGAAUUGACCAAACACGUAAAUCAACCACUAAUUUUACUGUUUCCAUUGACAUCAAUUGAUCUUUCAUCGUCUUUUCAUGGGUUUUCAUGAUGAUACAAGACAACUAUUGAAUAUCACCAGUCCUCUCCUUCGAGCCUCAUUGUGUACUUGACUUCAAUAACUGGACACACUACAGCCUGUAUAACCCAUAAUGUGAAAUCAUGUUCAGUGUUGAUGAGGCCUGCUUAUUUGUCAGGUUUUCUUUUUUAACCCAAUGAUGCCUCGAAACAGCAAGAGAAUAGGAACCUGCAAUUUCAUGGCUGCUAAAGUGUUACAUCCCAAGCUUUUGUCAUCUGUCUGGUAUUUGAGGAGCAUUUAUUUAUAUUUGUGAAACCUUUUACAGUCCAGGAGAGCUUAACGUGGCAUUUGGGGCUGAAAAAAAAUGUGUGGAUGUUGUUCAUCAUGGGAGAAGUUGUUAUUCUACUAUACAUGCUUUUCUUAUACUCAUGUCUUCAUUUUUAUUCUCUAUGCAGACAACACAAGUUUGGAAAUGUGUUUUUGACCUUAUUGAUAAAAGUUUCUCGCUUCAACAGAAAAAAAACAAAAGCGCCGGCAUAAUAUUGCUGACUGCACACCGUAUUUAUAUAAAAAUAUGUGUAUGAUUGAUGCUAGCUUUGAAAAUAGUUCAUGUUUAUUUUCAUUAUUGAACAAAUUGACCACUUGUUAUACAUUUUGCAUUACAGUUUAAUAUAUUGUAAAUAAAUGAUGGUGAUUGUUUUAAAAUGCA